AGGUGUGCUUUCCUUUCAAAUAUGCCGGAUCCCGCGAAGUCAGCGCCCGCCCCGAAAAAGGGCUCCAAGAAGGCGGUGACCAAGGCGCAGAAGAAGGACGGCAAGAAGCGCAAGCGCAGCCGCAAGGAGAGCUACUCGGUGUACGUGUACAAGGUGCUGAAGCAGGUACACCCCGACACGGGCAUCUCGUCCAAGGCCAUGGGCAUCAUGAACUCGUUCGUCAACGACAUCUUCGAGCGUAUCGCGGGCGAGGCGUCGCGCUUGGCGCACUACAACAAGCGCUCGACCAUCACGUCCCGGGAGAUCCAGACGGCCGUGCGCCUGCUGCUGCCUGGGGAGCUGGCCAAGCACGCCGUGUCCGAGGGCACCAAGGCCGUCACCAAGUACACCAGCUCCAAGUGAGCGCGCGCAGCGCCCUGAACCCAAAGGCUCUUUUCAGAGCCACCCACGUUUUCCGUGUAAAAAAGCUGUUGCAUUUGUGUGGUAUCUUGCGACUUGCAGGGAACCUAUCCUA